GGGAUCGGUAUAUAACGCAGCGGUGUCCGCGCCGUGGACCGUCCUUACCCUCGUUCGCUCUUCUUACCUUUCGAACUUGAUCCCCUGCGGCCUGGUGCUGUUCUUUGAGCCUUUCGUCCUUGCUGUGCAGUCUCGUCCUCAGCCUUACCUUCUAGUCAACCUUUCGUGACCUUCACUGCACCUCACCAUGUUCCGCUUCUUCGCUGUUGCUCUCACUUUUGUGUGUCUCCUCUUGGGCUCGCAGAUCUCUGCUGCCCCCACGAAUGAGAUCGUUGCGCGUCAGAUCGGCAACUUGCAGUGCAACGUCGACCGUCUGAGCAUCGUCGCGGGUCUCGCCAAGACGCAAAAGACGCUGAAGGGACUUGCCGCAUCUGACAACUCCACCGCGUCCAGCGUGCAGUCCGUCAUCGACAGCAUCUCCGGCGCCCAGGGUGCUAUUGGCGUUAUCGCCAAGGCGCUCUUCAGCGGUGCAACCGCUCCCGCCGACGCGCGCACCCAGGUGCAGGGCAACCUCACCGCGGCCGCCGGCGCCCUCUCCGCGAUCAACUCCACGGACACUGCGACUGCUGCGAGCUUGCAGAAGGCGCUGUCGGAGCUUUCCGACGCGGCGACGGCGGGCGAAGGGGUCGUCGCGAACUGCAAGUGAGCGGGCGCAAGUGUUGGAUUGGGAAUGGGGAUAUGGACUUUCAAGGGGGCAGGCUGGCAGUACAUGGACGUUAGCACCGACUCGUCUCAAAGAACUUCGUCGCAGUU